UGUAGGCAUAAUGAUUUCAACGCAGCAGCGAAGGAUAACGUGAGCUUUUUUGGUGCAGAAAACUUAAACGAUAUUUAUUCUCUACAAAUUAGGCUAUUUGUUUCCUGGGAAACAAAUUCAUUGUUUGUAAAGAUCACCCAAAAGGAUAAUGCAAUAGUUUCCUACAAGAGGGCCUGUAAUGUUUUCAGUUCAGAGUAUGUUCCGUUGCAUAUUUGGGACUUCUCUGGGCAGACAACCCAAUUUUUCAUGAAUGACAGAGUUAAUUUGCCAAGCGAUAUUCCUGGACAACUGAACAAAGAGAUUCUCCUUGAAUUGCGACUCCAUGGAUUUUCAGACUGUAUGAAAGGUUCAGAUUGGAGGAGUGAUGAAGUGGCUGAUAAAGAGUCAAGUUUGGAUGGUUCUACUUAUGGUGGCUCUAUUAAGAUGAAUGGAAGCACUGACUAUGUGAAUCCUUAUUUAACUUCAACCAACUCCUUGCAAAGUGGUAUAAUCUAUAGAGGAGUUGGUUCCUUAGGCCUUACUGGACUAGAGAAUCUUGGGAAUACUUGUUUUAUGAACAGUGCCAUCCAAUGCUUGGUGCAUACUCCAAAGCUGGUUGAUUACUUUCUAGGAGAUUACCGGAAGGACAUAAAUUACGCAAAUCCACUAGGAUUGAAAGGAGAGCUUGCUUUAUCAUUUGGAGAGUUGUUGAGGAGGUUAUGGGCUCCAGGUGCAAGGUCAGUGACUCCAACGAUGUUCAAGUCAAAACUUGCUAAUUUUGCUCCCCAAUUCAGUGGCUAUAAUCAGCAUGAUUCCCAGGAACUUCUUGCUUUUUUGUUGGAUGGUCUCCACGAAGAUCUAAAUCGUGUAAAAUGCAAACCUUACAUUGAAGCUAAGGAUGUGGAGGGUCGUCCAGAUGAUGAAGUAGCAGAAGAAUAUUGGCAAAAUCACCUUGCUCGGAAUGACUCAAUCAUUGUCGAUGUGUGCCAAGGUCAGUACCGGUCAAAAUUGGUAUGCCCUGUUUGCAACAAGGUGUCUGUUAUGUUUGACCCAUUUAUGUACCUUUCGCUACCGUUACCUUCAACAUCAAUGCGGACUAUGACUUUGACGGUCCUAAGUACAGAUGGGACUGCAAUGCCAUCUACAUGUACAGUGACAGUGCCCCAGGGUGGGAGGUUGAUGGAUCUUACUAAUGCCUUAAGCACUGCAUGUUGCUUAAGAGAUGAUGAAACUCUGAUGGUAGCUGAGAUAUACAAGAGUUGUAUUUUUCGUCUACUGGAAGAUCCAUUUGAUUCAUUAGCCUUGAUCAGAGAUGGUGACCUGUUGGUUGCUUAUCGGUUACCAAAGGAUUGUGAGUCAUCCCUUUUGGUUACGUUUAUUCAUCAGCAUAUGGACGUGGGCUAUAAUAAUGGAGAGAUGGGAUUAGUCCCACCGGCGUUUGGCGUACCCCUCAUAGCAAGGUUGCCUGAUGUUUGCAAUGGAUCUGAUAUUCGUAACAAGUUCCUGAAAGUACUAAACCCAUACUUGAUGCCUACUGGAGAUGCAUUAGAUAUUUUUGAUGAUGAUGAUAUUGGAAAUUAUGCUACUGAAGAUUCUAACAAGGAGGACGCUACUCCUUCUACGAUUAUGGAUAAUGAUGCUUACGCGGACAGGGGAUCUGGGGAUGAAGCACAUUUGGAUAAUGACUUCCAGUUUUACUUUACAGAUACAAAGGGAGCUAUAAGAGACACCUUGAUAGACAUGAAUGAGCCAAUAGUGGUCUCAAAGUUGCCUAAGAGGUUGAGUGUACUUGUUUUAUGGUCUGAUAAAAUGACUAAAAAGUACGAUACAUGCCUUCUAAGCAAUUUGCCGGAAAUUUUCAAGCCCCAAUUUUCUGUGAGGAGGCCUCAAGAAUCUGUUUCUCUGUACAAAUGCCUUGAAGCCUUUAUGAAGGAAGAACCUCUAGGGCCAGAAGAUAUGUGGUUAGUAUCUGCCUUUUAUUUGAAAUUACGAGAACAAAAAUGUUAUGCAUCUUGCUGGCUGUUGUUUCUUGGCAUAAUCUGGCUAGUGAGUCUUAUGUGA